AUGGUAACGGGUCAGAUUAAUGUGUGUCGGCUGGUGCUGGUGGUGGUUGCUGGAAGUGGACCAAGUCUUUUUGGACGCAAUUGGCUGAAGUACCUCCAGUUGGACUGGAAAUGUAUUGCAACUGUCAAAUCUCCCCCUGCAGGUACACUAAAGAAUUUGUUACACGAAUACGAUUCAUUGUUCAAGGAUGAGUUAGGUACUGUGACCUCACACAAAGCCACUCUCAGAGUACGGCCGGAUGCUAGUCCUCGGUUUUUCAAACCACGUCCUGUUCCUUAUGCAACCAAAGAGGCUAUUGGAGAUGAAUUGGACCGCAUGGAGCAACAAGGUAUCAUCCAGAAAAUACCUAGCAGUGGCUGGGCAGCACCGUUGGUCGCAGUUCCCAAGAAAUACGGACGUUUUCGACUCUGUGGCGACUAUAAAGUGACUAUCAACCAAGACCUUGAAGUUGAUCAGCCUAAACCCGGAGACCUAUUCGCAACACUAGCAAAUGGCUCCCUUUUCACUAAGCUUGAUUUGUCACAAGCGUAUCUACAGGUCGAACUCGAUAAGGACUCUACCAAAUACGUGACUAUCAACACCCAUCAAGGGUUAUACCAGUUCAGCCGACUUCCUUUUGGCGUGGCGUCAGCCCCAGCAAUAUUUCAAAGACUGAUGGACACCGUGGAGUGCCUCACGUUAUCUGCUACUUAG